AUGUCAUUAGUUUAUGGUAUUGCGUUCAGACUAGCAAAAUACGACCUUUCUCUUCUCCCGGCCACGUCUAUCAUCAUAGCCUUCUACAACGAGCAUCCCUCCGUGCUGUAUAGAACGCUGCACAGUAUUCUCAAUCGGACGCCGCUCCAGCUCUUAGAAGAAAUAAUUUUGGUCGACGAUGGCAGCACUUUCCCUUUUACCACGGAUGACAAGGCACCGCAUGCUCUGUCAAAGUACCUGGAUACUCUCCCCAAAGUCCGCUUACUGCGCCACCAGACUCGGAAGGGAGUGACCGCUGCCCGUUCGGCCGGUAUAAGGGCUGCAAAAAGCCGUGUAUUUGUAGUGCUGGACAGUCAUGUGGAGGUUGGGCACCAAUGGUUUGAGCCAUUGGUGGCUCGCGUGGCUUCAAAUCCGGAGACCAUAGUGUUCCCUCUAGUGGACGCAAUCGAUUCGCGAACCUUGGAAUUCAGAAAUAGCGGAGUUGGCUGUUCAAUGGGGCUGAUAUGGUCUGUGAUGGAGCAUGGCUUUGUGCCGACGUCACCUGAGCGUCUAGCAUACUCCCCUGGAGCUUAUCGCCCGUCCCCGACAAUGAUGGGCAGUGUGUUUGCUGCUGACAAAAGCUAUUUCCUCCAGCAUGGGGGCUACGACGAGGGGAUGAGAUUCGGUGGUGCCGAGAAUAUCGAGCUCUCCCUACGCCAGUGGCAGUGUGGAGGCCGCCUCGAGUGCUCGCCGUGUAGCCGAGUCUUCCAUCUUUUUCGAAGCGCCGGAGACGCUUUACCGGUACCCCUGUAUGCCCUCCUAGCCAACAAAAUGAGGACGAUGGCUGCAUGGAUGGAUGAAUACGCGGACCUCGCCUGCGACAGUCACACGAAGGCGACAGAAGACAUGGCCUUGUACACCACUACCGUAUUCUGCCCUGAACGCCCCCUUCUCCUGCGAGAUAACACGUUUCUAUGCCUCGACGGCGGCCACCCUCAUCCGGGAGGACAAACAGCUGAUAUUACGAAUGCCUGCGGCCGUGCAGGAACGCUAUUCAUGUAUUUCGCUCGAUCGAUGCAAGUCAAAAUGGCCCGAAACGACGAGGCUUGUUUGAAAGGCAACCUCGCCAUUGCCUGGUGUGAAGAGAACGGUCCGAUGAUGAAGAACCUUGGCCUCGGCAUGAACUGA